UUUUCUCAUGAAGAAUCUCAAAGCUUUUGUUCUCCUUAUAACCCCAAGAAACAAGAGAAGAAAAGAAAACAAACAACCUCAAGCUCUGAUGGCAAAACAGAGUUACUUCUUCUUGUUUCUUUCUCUUGUCCCACUCUGUUCCUCAACAACUCAUGAUGUCAUAAACCCACCAACUGUCUUCCCUACAAACCCCACAACUACACCUCCGGCUACUACAUUCCCUCCGGUGACCAUAACCCCCACAAAUCCAUCUCCAGCCCUUCCUCUUAACCCUCCAGUCACAGUAGUCCCUCCUACACUCACACCACCAGUGACCACCAACCCAGUGACUCAGUACCCUCCAACACAACCCUCAGGGACGGUUCCUGUGAUUCCACCGCCUGUUGUCUCAACCUCCCCAUCGGUUUCAGGACAAAGCUGGUGCGUGGCAAAGCCUGGAGCCACUCAAACCUCGCUCCAGUUGGCUCUUGACUAUGCAUGUGGAAGCGGUAAAGCGGAUUGCUCUCAGAUACAGCAAGGAGGGAACUGUUAUUCGCCCAUCAGUCUUCAGAAUCAUGCCUCAUUUGCCUUUAAUAGCUAUUACCAGAAGAACCCUUCUCCACAGAGCUGUGACUUUGGUGGUGCAGCUUCAGUUGUUAGCACUAACCCAAGUACUGGUUCUUGCGUUUACCAGACAGGUUCUAGUUCUGGCUCAUCAACGUCAAUUCCAGGAGGAACAACGACGCCAACUCCAUCAACACAAACAGUGAACCAGCCACCUCUCACACCAACACCUAUAACACCAACAGGAGGCGUGACAAUAGGGGUUGGAACUCCACCGGCGGUUUUUAACCCGGCGAAUCCUUCAUCAAACACUCUACCGAAUCCAUCCUCAGGAGGUUCAGCGGUCUACGGUUUUGAUGGUUCACCUAAUGGUAACAAUCCAACACCAUCAGACUCUACCAACUUGAAGAUUCACUUUGGUCACACUAUGGUGGUAACACUGAUUCUUCAUGCAGUGCUAUUUCAUUAGAAAUAGAAAUAUAUAGGAGUUGAGUUAGUUUUAUCACAUAGUUAUGUAAGCUCAUUUAGAGUAUUGUACCAAGAAGAAGCUAGGAAUGUAAGACAUUAUAAAUUUGUUUGGUUCAACGCUCCUACACUGUAAGAUACGGUCUAUCUACUUUUAAUAUGAUCUAAAAUGAUUUGUUCGUUA